ACCCCUUAUAUGCCGAGCUCGACCAGAAGCCACUCGGAAAACUCUCUGAUUUGAUGUAUCUUCCACGAAUAAGCUAUUGUAAUAGCGUGGGUUGAUGGUUGAACGGGCCGGAAGACAUGCGAAGACUGAAGAGGACACAUCGGCGUCAUUAACGGUUGCAGGCGGCAGGCAUGGCGGUGGCAUCUGGAGUCACAGUGGACGUGAAGGUGGGAACGGCGUGGCAGUGUCGAAGCGGAGGCACCAGCUUGGCCGACGUGGUGCUGAUGGUCAACGUCACGGCGCCGGAUGACGACAGCAGUGAAGAAGAACAGAAGCUGAGGCAGACACUUGGGGGCGAUGGUGUCCUGUUGGAGCGAGCGGACGGCGACAACGGCGAGCCCUGCGUCGUUACGCUGAGCUGCGUCCCCGCCGGGCUGGCCGCUAUCGGCCGCCUGACGCUAAUCAGCGAGGCGCGGACCAUGGAGGUGUACCUGCCCACAGGGGAAUAUUGCGGAACUGUUCGGGGCCACAAGCAGGACGAUGUGCAGCAUGGUGACAGAGGACCUUUCUACAGGAAGCAACUAAGCCUGGAUGACGCGCCAUCGUCAUGUGACGUGAAGCUGCUCUCUCUGGCGGGUCGAAGCAGCGUCUUGCUACGCGGCGUGGUGGUGGCGCUGCGGCCGCCACAGCGCACCCCGCACCAAGAUGGCGGUGGCGCUGCGGGCACCAUCGACCUGCUCCAGGUCCAGAGUCUGGUGGACGAGAUGGGCGGCACCCUCUCGCCAGGGGCUCAAAACCUCAUGGAGACGCUGCGCCUCCAGCAGAAGAACCAAAGCAGUUUCCUGCCCCUCCUGAUGGGUGGGGGCCUCUUGUCCACCUUAGCCCCCCCGCCGAAUGUCGGGACCGCAGCUGCCGCCGCCUUUCAGCAUCCAUCAGACUCUGUCAGGCCCACUGCGCAAGCGCCACCAAACGGGCCGCCGUCGGACGUACGGCUGUCCCAGAUGAUGCGCCACUUCCUGUCGGGGGGCCAGGAUGACGGCAUGGACGGCGUCUCGCCCGACAACUUGCUGCGCGAGAUCUGUGCUCAGCUGGCGCCACUCAAAGUGGACCAGAACAACACGCAGACUGCGGACGCGUCCAUGGAAUCUCGCCUGGAGGAAAUGGAGCGGCGUCUAAAGGAGCACGUGGACAGCCGCCUGGACGCUCUGGAGCACAAGCUGGACAAAGUGCUGCUCGCCGCACUCCAGCAAGCGCCGCAUGCAGCCCCGCCACCCGCCGACCCGUCCGAGACCAAAGUCCACGAGUCCAAAUAGCAAAGAGACGGCACCGACACUGCACUCGGUAACCAACACAGAUGUGGAAUAUAUCAAGCACUACCUGAACUGACCGGACAUUUCUUGAUCGAGACAGAAAUACGAAAUGAACACGCUUGGAGGGAGCAUGCUUUGCGUGCUUACCAUAAUUUAGCUAACCUCGGCACCGAAUGGUUCUGUGGCUUUACUUGGGCUCGCCGGGCAACUUCCCGUUUGCUUGAAUCCCUCUAAGCACAUUCACAACCAAUAAACUAGCCAGUUUGA